GAGAACUCAUCACCAGAAUCAAUCUGAAUCUGUGCCAUGGCUCCCACAACGUCGCGAAUGUCCAGUGCGUCCAUCGCCUUCCUCCCUGACGAUUUACUCUACGAAACAUUUCUCCAGUGCGCUGGUGCCUGUCUCCAGCCGCACAUAGGUCCGGAUGUAUGGCCGUUCAAUCGCGCCGUCGAAUCCUUCACACCUUUUUGGCGCAUCAACGACCACCUCUGCAGCCGUUACACCUCUCCCGGCCGGCCCAAAUGCUGGGACUGGACCGCGACGCGACUGAUGCUAGUCUGCAAGCGCUGGUCCGCUCUCAUCCUCGACAGACGUGUUCUCUGGAGUCGUCCGCUGUUCCUUGAGGAGAGAUCGGCUCAAUGGACGCUAUCUCGCUCGGGCAACGUACCACUCAUUGUCCGACACGCGCUGUUGGGGCUUGCCGACAACUCUUGGUUCCUCAACUUCAUGGGUCAAGAGCGGGGAUUCUCGCGCUGCCGCGAAGUCGUUAUCGAUGUCGACCGUCGUAUUGGCGGUGCGUACGAUGACUUCCUGUGGCUUGCACAAGGUUGGCCUUCCGCUGCACCACUGCUCGAGGUGUUAGCGCUGGGCAUACCUUCCGGGCGCCCUCGAAGGCCCAACCCUCUCUCGACAGCGUUUCUGCAGUCGGCAACGCGCCUGAGAACGCUGGCGCUGGUGAAUUUUCCGCUCGAAAGCUGGAGCUCUGUCCACCUGAAAAACUUGACGACUUUCAUCUUCCGCUCAGAGGGCCGCUUCGAGUACACCACCGUUCGAGAUAUUAUACGUUUUCUAAGAAAUACACCACAACUUCAAACACUUGUGCUUGGUGCCCCUAAGAGCCACUUCAUCGAGGAACUUACACCCGUGCCUUGUAUACGUCCCGUCGUGGCCCUGAACUGUCUGUCGAGGUUAUCUCUAUCUGGACCUCGGAUGCAUGCGCUCGAUUUGUUCCAACACAUUUCUCUCCCUCCGAAUGUAGUCCUGGAACUGCGUAUGUAUCGCUGUCACCCCACUGAUAACGUGCUCUAUCACCUCGAAGAGGCGAUCCAGGAACGCUAUCACGCAGCGCCGCUCCCGCUGGACCCUCAGACAGACUUAGGUGAUGCAGAUCACCGCGGCUCUCUCCCGACCUUUGACCGCGUUUCCGUUCACUUCUAUCGCAACGUGGAGGUCACCAUCACAGGCUUCACCGCAGCCGCCGACGGCACACUGCACCCCGCGAUCUCAAUCGUACUCGGCGUCGAAGGGGUUCAACGUCCAGCCUCCCUCGUCGCGCAGGUCCUCCGGGUCCUCCGGUCCGGCUCUGCGGCGUCAUUCGCGCUCUCGUCGUCCCGUCGCGAGGACUUUGACGACGCGGUGUUCGCGGAUGAGGCGCUGUGGCACGGGCUCUGGCGCGCGCUCCCCGCGCUGAAGAUUCUCGAGAUCGUCAACCCGGAGACGAGCCUCGAGCCGUUCAUGCGCUCGCUCAUGCCGCCGCUGCCGCCGUCGCUCAGGGCGGGUGCCUUGGAGGAGGAGGAGGGCUGCCCGCUGCCCGCGCUGGAGGAGCUGCAUGUAUGCGACAGCUACUCUGAAGCUUCUGCGGUGUUACCCGGGUUCGCGUGUUUGCGGCAAGCUUUAAAGGCACGAGCGGAGAGCGGGCGGCGUCUACGGCUGCUGGAGCUGAGAAAUUGGACGGCUCAGGUGAUAUGGAGUGUGGAAGAGAUGAGGUCAGAGCGGACGGUUGAUGAGGUUGUUUUUAAUGGGUUCUUCGUACGGGGAUAAGGGUGAGUCCCAUCUGGGUUGGGCCUGGUUGUUGUUGAAGUAAAGGGUACGUUGGAAGGAACGAUGGCGGGUUGGCGGGGCACAAGGUGAACAAAAGCUGAUGAAGCGGCGGGCAGGAAGCGAAGUGGAGAGGGUGGGUUGGCGCGCCGCUCGCAGCAAGCUGGGGGAUAGUGCAGGUGGUCGGGCGAUAAGCUGAGUCUAAUUCGCAUCUUUCGAACAACGAAAAGGCAAUCCAUUCACUGAUGCGUUGAGACCAGGCCUCCAUCACUGACACACCAGAUACAGUAUAAGUAGAGUAAGUAUGGCCGUCCAUACUUGUCUUCCAGACAUCACAAGGGUGUACCGAUAUCGCGCUAUAUCCAGUCCAGGGUGAUGAGGUUUCGAUGGCUAGCCAUGCAAAAGAGACAUUCUCAACGCCACUAGUAUUCUUUUGUGACUACUGUCGACCGAAGAACGAUGCAUACAUG